AUGGCACCGGUAACACGACAACAGGACCAGAAACCUGACGCGGCGGCGGAUGAGGUGAAGAUUACGCUCUACUGGCUCGAAAAAUCACGCGCCCACCGAAUCCUCUGGCUCCUCGAAGAACUCUCGAUCCCCUAUGAGCUCAAGACCUUCAAGCGAAAGAACAUGCUUGCACCCCCAGAAUUCAAAGAGAUCCAUCCCCUCGGGAAAGCCCCUCUCAUCACAGUCUCCUCCCCCGCGACAGGCGACAAGCCAAUCGUGAUCGCCGAAAGCGGUCCGAUCGUGGAAUACCUCCUCGAGCAUUUCGGAAAGUCAUUUCUACCUAAGCAGUGGAAGGAGGGAAAAGAAGGUCAAGUGGGCGGUGAGACAGAAGGGUGGUUGAGAUAUCGAUAUUUCAUGCAUUAUGUGGAGGGGAGUCUGAUGCCUUACAUGGUGAUGGCACUGAUCUUUCGAAUCUUGCGCGAACAAUCUCCCUUCUUCAUCCGGCCCCUCACAGCCAUGCUCACCGGCACUGUGGAGUCGAAGUACCUCCAACCAAACAUGGCCAACAAUCUUCGAUUUUUGGAGUCCCAACUUGAGACCUCUCCAGACGGUGGGGAGUAUUUAUGUGGGCCAGAUAUCACGGGUGCGGAUUUUCUUAUCAGCUACCCCGUGCAAGCGGCGAGGGAGAGGGCUGGCUUGACGAAAGAGGCGUAUCCGAGAUUGUGGGCAUAUGUAGAGAGACUAGAGGAAAGAGAGGGGUAUAAGAAGAGCGUCAAGAAGAUUGUCGAGGUGGAUGCACUCUCUUCCCCCGAUGGCAUCGCCAAGGUCUCCCUUCACAACGGGGGCACCGACUUCUGCUCUAGCCUUGCCACCUUCUUCGGCGGAGAAGCGGAAACUGACUGGAAGAGUAUUCUAUGA